CUUUUUAGUGUUUACUGUUUAAUUAACUCUGUAUAAAUUAUUUAUUUUCUCAGCACACCGGAAACCAUUUUUUUCCGCCAUGGCAACAUCCUCUAACCCCACGGUCGACGAACAGCCGCCGCAACAUCAGGUGUUCAUCAGUUUCCGGGGGGCCGAUUUGCGCCGGAGGUUCGUCAGCCAUCUAGUCACGGCCUUGAAACAGAACAACAUCAACGUCUUUAUCGACGACUACGAAGACAGAGGCCAACCUCUGGAAACACUAUUGCAGAGGAUAGAGGAGUCCAAAAUCGCCCUGGCUAUCUUCUCCGGGAAGUACACGGAGUCAGCCUGGUGCGUGAGAGAGCUGGCGAAGAUCAAGGCUUGUACGGAUGAAGGAACACUCGUCGCCAUUCCCAUCUUCUACAAGCUGGAGCCGUCCACCGUGAGAGAUCUGAAGGGAAGCUUCGGUGAUAGGUUCAGGAGUCUAGCUAAAGGUGAUGAGAGGAAGAAGGAGUGGAAGGAAGCUUUUAGUUCGAUUCCUAACAUAAUGGGCAUCACCAUUGACAAUAAAAGUGUGGAGAGUGAUAAAGUCAUCGAAAUUGUGAAGGCGGUUAAGACAGUGCUGAACAACGUUUCAUCAGAGGGAAGCCGGAGAGGUGUCUCCGUGAAUCCUUCAGAAAAUAUCAGUGCAGGGACUUCCUCGAGAGUCGAAAAGGAUAAGACUUUCGGAAACAAACGGCGCCUAGAGGAGUUGGAAGAGAAGUUGGAUCGUGAUAAGUACAAGGGAACUCGUAUCAUUGGAGUUGUUGGGAUGCCCGGGAUCGGCAAAACCACUCUCCUUAAAGCGCUUUAUAAGACGUGGCAGUGCAGGUUUUCGAGGCACGCGCUGCUCGAUAAAAUCCACGAAAAGAUCAAGCACGUGGAGGAGUUGGAGUGCUUGCCUAAUAUGCUUGUAGCGGAGUUACUGAAGUCGAACAAUACCAACAUAGACCAUGUCAAAGAUCCGUACAGUCAACUGCAAGAACGCAAGGUUCUUGUCUUUCUUGAUGAUGUUACUAAAAAGGAGCAAAUAGAUGCUCUGCGUGGGAUACUUCAGUGGAUUAAGGAGGGUAAUAUGGGAAGCAGGGUUGUCAUUGCAACAAGUGACAUGUCCUUGAUAAAUGAUUUGGUUGAUGAUACUUACAUGGUCCAAAAUUUGAACCACAGAGAUAGCACACAACUCUUUCACUAUCAUGCCUUUAGUAAUGGUCAAGCCAAUCCUCCCAACGAAGAUUUCAUGAAGUUGUCAGAAAAGUUUGUACACUACGCCAGAGGUCAUCCGCUAGCUCUCAAAAUAUUGGGUGUAGAGCUUCAUAAGAGAAAUAUGGAUCACUGGAAAGCGAAGCUGAAUAUACUCGCAGAAAGUCACAGCACCACUAAGAUUGGAAGUGUCUUCAAAGUGACUUAUGAUGAGUUGUGUUCUGAGCAGAAAGAUGCAUUUCUUGACAUAGCCUGUUUCAGAUCUGAGGAGGUGGAUUAUGUAGAAAGUUUACUCGCUUCAUCUGACCCCAGAUCUGCUGAAGCGAUGGGUCCAGUAAAAGCUCUCACAAACAAGUUCCUGAUUAAUACUUGUGACGGUCGAGUAGGGAUGCAUGAUCUGCUGUAUACUUAUUCAAGGGAACUUGAUUCUAAAGCAUGCUCUCGAUAUGGUAGCAGACAACGGAUGCUGUGGCUCCAUCAAGACAUAAUUAAAGGUUGCAUAACUAACUUACUGCAGAGUACAAUGGGAGCUGGCAAUGUGAGAGGUAUUUUCCUAGACUUGUGUGAAGUGAAAGGCGAGAUGAGCUUGGACAAAGACUACUUCACAAAUAUGGGCAAUCUCCGGUAUCUCAAGUUCUACAAUUCUCACUGUCCUCAGGAAUGUAAAACCAACAAUAAGAUAAACAUCCCUGAUGGACUUAACCUACCACUGAAAGAGAUCAGAUGCCUCCACUGGCUAAAAUUCCCUUUGGAGGAACUUCCAAAUGAUUUCAACCCACUUAAUCUUGUUGAUCUUAAGUUGCCUUAUAGCGAGAUUCAACGACUUUGGGAAGGUGAUAAGGAUACAUCAUCCUUAAAGUGGGUUGAUCUCAAUCAUUCAAGUAAGUUGUGCAGCUUGUCAGAGUUAUCAAAGGCUCAAAGUCUUCAAAGACUGAAUCUUGAAGGCUGCAGAGCACUGAAAACUUUGCCACGUGGUAUGAAAAACAUGAAAAAGCUUGCUUUCCUGAAUCUGAGAGGGUGUACAAGUCUUGAAUCUCUUCCUGAGAUGAAUUUAGUUUCUCUGAAAACUCUUACUCUCAGCGGCUGCUCAAAUUUUAAGGAAUUUCCGCUGGUUUCAGAAAAUAUGGAGACUCUAUAUUUAGAUGGUACAGCAAUAAGUGAGCUUCCUUCGAACAUGGAGAAGCUCCAGAACCUUGUUGUAUUGAAUAUGAAGAACUGCAAAACGCUGGAGAAAAUCCCCAUCCGGAUUGGUGAGCUGAAAGCUCUUCAAGAACUGAUACUCUCUGAUUGCUCAAAUCUCAAAUAUUUUCCAGAAGUCAAGAUGAACUCUUUGAACAUUUUACUUUUGGAUGGGACAGCCAUAGAAGUGAUGCCACUGCUACCUUCACUGCAGUACUUGUGCUUAAGCAGAAAUGAUAAGAUCAUCUACCUUCCUGCUGGCAUCAGUCAACUUUUUCAACUAAAGUGGCUGGAUUUGAAGUACUGUACGAGUCUUACAUCUGUUCCAGAGUUUCCACCAAACCUUCAAAGCGUAGAUGCACAUGGGUGUAGUUCGCUGAAGACAGUUUCGAAGCCUCUGGCCCGUAUCAUGCCAACCGAGCAGAACCAUUCUACCACAUUCAUUUUCACUAACUGUGAGAACCUGGAACAAUCUGCAAAGGAGGAAAUCACAUCGUAUGCCCAAAGGAAAUGUCAGCUGCUGUCAUAUGCUCGGAAACGCUACAAUGGGGGUCUUGUUUCAGAGGCUUUGUUCAGCACUUGCUUUCCUGGAUGUGAAGUGCCUUCAUGGUUUUGUUAUGAAACAGUUGGAUCCGAGCUAGAAGUAAAACUCCUCCCACAUUGGCAUGACAAGAGGCUUGCUGGAAUAGCUCUAUGUGCUGUAGUGUCAUUUCAUGACUGCCAAGAUCAAAUCAGCCGCUUGUCAGUGACAUGCACCUUUAAAGUUGAAGUUGAAGACCAGUCUUGGGUCUCAUUUACUUGCCCAGUAGGAAGUUGGACCAAACAUGGAGACAAGAUUGAAUCAGAGCAUGUCUUUAUUGGCUACACCAGUUGCCCAUAUACUAUAAAGUGUCCUGAAGAGGAAAACUCUGAUAAAUGCAUUUCUACUGAAGCAUCCCUUGAGUUUACUGUGGCAGGUGGUACAAAUGAAAGGGAAAAAUUCAAGGUGUUGAAGUGCGGUUUAGGUUUGGUGUAUGCAAAGGAUAAAAGCAAAAACAGUUGUCAUGAAGCAAAGUAUGAUAUGCCUGUCGAAGGAGGAGGAGCCAAGAAAAAGAAAAAGACGAGAGGUGAUGAUGGACGGCCAAAGAAGAAGAAAAAGUCAAGAAGGGAUGAUAAUAAUAUCCCGGGUCAACCAAACAAUGAUGCAAGUGUAACUCCAAGGAGGAAAGAUAGUUCAGUGGUCAGGCACAUGGUUGAGGGUAUCCAAGCAGGAGAUGACUCUGUUCCAAGUUAAGCGCAUUCUUACACCGAACUACAAGUCCUGAUGAAGAAAAUCCAGCAUGAGUAAAGAUGUCAUUGUCAGUCAAGUAGUCAACGCAAAGGCCUGGCCAUUUCAGAGGAUAAACAAAUUAACAAUACUGUGUAUCACCAGAGAAGGAUACAGAUGACAUUGCUGAAUGAAAUCGUUUUCUGAACCCUUUACACCUUCAGAGUAAGCAGCAAUCCAAAUGCCAAAAGUGUCACUGAAGAUUAGAUCAGAGUUUACCCAGAUUCCAGAAUUCUUAGUGACCUAUAAGCCAUCACUUUAUCCUGCUUAGGAGUUGUGUUCACGAAAGCCUUUCAAGCUGCUUACACAGAACUACAAGUCUUGGAUGCAGAUGUAAAGAUGUCAGUCAAGUAGUCAACGCAACGAUACUGUGUAUCACCAGAGAAGGAUACAGAUGACAUUGGUGAAUCAAAUCGUUUUCUGGUAUAGAGCUUCCCGUACAGAGUUUGAGGACUUGUUUGUGGAGGGGAUGAUAGCUGCAAUUGAGAUUGGUCUUGGAGCCUCUGGUGAAUUAAAGUAUCCAUCUUUCCCUGAAAGAAUGGGUUGGAUAUAUAUCUCGGUUUUGUGUUAUGAGCAAUCGAAUCUGCUAAAGGAAGCAAUAUCAAGGAGAUUCACUGCUUCUUCCUAAAUUGGAUGAACAUAACAGUAAGACUCAUACAACAACAAAAUAAUGCCGAUACCGACGAUUGCCUGGUUAUAUAGAAGACAGCUAGGCAUGCUGCUGAACUACAACCCGUCAAACCUUGUUGGGUGGUCAAUGCAGCUUGGGAUAAGAGACUUAUUGCGCGGAGAGAAUGCGAUUAAUUGUUUCAACAGAGAAGGUUGUAUGAGAUUAACCGAAAUGGCUAAACCGAGAAACCAUCCAGAUAGCUAUCACUUAUCGGCAACCUUCUCCUCUAGGCUCUAGCUCAAGGAUCAACUUGCUUUGCAGAUUUGGACUACUUUAUUAAACACAGAACAGUGCCAUACAGAGAUACACAGCGGUUGGAAAUCAAAACCGAGCAAAUAGAAGUUGUUUUGACUUUGAAACUUCAAUACACACUACUAUAGUAUAAACUAGUUGAUGAUAAACUAACUUAAACAAUUUUGUUUUGCAAUUUCUUAGGUCUAAAUCUUAUCCACUUUUUUAAUUAGCUUUUAGAACUA